GAAAGCCGGCUGGCUCGAGAGAAGAUGCUGAUGGGAUUUUCUCACGUCUGGCUGAGCAGGGAGCUGGGCACAGAGUCAGAGCCUCCCCUGAGUUCUGGCAGUUUAAUGGCGCGGCACCAUCGCAAAGCUGCCUUAACGAUGGAUUCGCUGGGCACAGCAGCAUCUCCCCUGUGCUCGGGGAUCUCCAGCUGCCAAAUCCACUCCUGGGUCCCCCCAUCGCUGCAGCCGCUGCAGGGCGCACAGCUGGGGAAAGGGACAGAACCAAGAUCCUGGAAUCUCACGACAUUGGAAAUGGCUGCUUGGGGUCACGGGCCAGUGGAAUGAGUUAGACCUGCCCUAUCGCUCCUCUAAACUAAGCCAGGCACCAGCUGCGGGCAGAACACUUGCAAGAUCAGGGCAUCAGGGCAGUUGAUUCUGGUCAGCUUUGCCCCCUUGUAGCUGGGACCUACUGCAGAGUCUGGCCGAAAGAGGCUGGUAACACGGUAAAUGUCAGGUGCUUUCUUGGGUCAGUGCCCUUAACGUGCAGCAUGAACAAUAUGUUCUGCACUCGCAGUCAUGACAAUCAGGAAUAUCCGGGUUUGGGUGCCCGUGUGCCCCAUGGUGAGCACUCAGCCCACAUAACUACUCCAUUAUUCACCCAAUCAAGGGUGUGACUUGUAACCUCCUCACUCUGAUCCCGGAAUCUUGUUGAGGAGGAAACAUUGUUCACAGCUUGGCGUUCCCCUUGAGAGCUUUGCUUCCGGUUGCCGGAGUUGUGAGUGACUAUUUAGGAUGAUGUCACAUCUCCGACACCCUAUAUAUAGUGGGGCUCUGUCUGUGGGGUUUACUGAGGGAGCAGAGCACCAAGAGCCCAGUGCAGACCAGACAGACGCCUCCGCCAUGAAGAUAACAGGGGCCGUUCUGCUCUUCGCUCUGGCACUUUGCUGCUUCUACUCAGAUGCUGCUGGCCAGGCUGGUAAGGGUUUCUGCAGUGAGUACAAGGAGCCUCCAGAAUUCUGCACUGAGGAGUACGCGCCUGUUUGUGGCACUGAUGGGAAAACAUACAGCAACAAAUGCUUCUUUUGCAAAGCAGUCUAUGAAAACCUUGGAAGUCUUUGCUUUGCACGACUUGGAAAAUGCUGAAUCCUCGGGGUGCCGAGCGCUGAUAUGGAGCUGAACCCCAUUUGCUUCUAGUUCCCACCAGCAGAUCCCCGCAUGGAGCCAUGUUCUCGUCUCAUCCUCCAUUUCCAAGGCUCCUGACAGUGUCGCUGACUUUCCCUCUGCCUGUGCAAUAAAGCAAACU